AUGACUUGUCAAAUUUCACAGAAAGAAUUAGCAGUUCCUAAUUGCAACAAUCAUAUGGAGACUGCUAACGCUGUUUGUACUCACCUUAGCAGCAUAGGUAAAAAUCUUAAAUCACUAGACAGACUAUCCCUACCGGUGUUUUUGCCUGCGGCUGAACCCCGAUACAUUCAACCAUGGGAUGUCGUCAGAAUCAUCAAUAAACUGAAUACUAGGAAGGCUGGUGGUCCAGACAUGAUUUCUGCUCGAUUCAUUAAAACAUUCUCAUAUGAAUUGGCCGAACCUCUAUCAUGUAUUAUUAAUGCGUCUUACCGUGCACUUGAGGUGCCCAGUGAAUGGAAACGUGCCCAUGUAGUUACCAUCACUAAGGAUCCGAAGCUUCCAGCUACACUUGAUAAUAUACGACCUAUUGCACUUACCGACCUUUUUGCAAAAAUUGCGGAACACUUUGUGGCAAGAGAUACAUUAAAAAAAUGA